AGGUACAUACCAUCAUAGACAAACUAUGUCUAUGCAUUGUACAUUAUGGGCGAAGGUUGAAAAUAUUUAAUUAAUUAUUCUUAUGAAGAUAUGAUACAUACCGUUACAGCAAGUAGCAUUUGGACCCAAUAGAACAGCCUACGGUUUAUAAAUGGAAAGUUAAGUUAAAUUUCAAAUACUUGUAUCCAGUUCGAUCAAAAAAUUUGAAAACAAAAUGCUUCAGACCAUAAAUGAAACUUACAUAGAACUUAAUUCAGUACCAACAAAAAUAUCAACAAUAGGUAAAACCAUUGGAGAUGCUUUUGAAGUUGGUGAAAAUCUAGUUAUAAUAAUACCAGGCAAUCCAGGGAUUAAUAGUUUCUAUGAUAAAUUUGCAAAAAGAAUUCAUGAAAAAUUGAAAUGUUCUGUUUGGUGUGUAGGACAUGCUGGGCAUAAUUUAUCACAGCCUUUGAAAACUGUACCAAAUUACAAGGAUAAUACUGACCUUUAUGGAUUAAAAGGUCAAGUUCAAAAUAAAGUAAAUUUCUUUGCAAAAUAUAUUCCAGAAAAUGCAAAGAUUCAUCUUAUAGGACAUUCCAUUGGUUCUUACAUGGUACUAGAACUUCUAGAAAAUCCUUCUUUAUCAAAACGAAUAAAUCAUUCAUAUUUACUUUUUCCAACCAUAGAAAACAUGGCUAAUAGUAAGAAUGGUAAAAUAUUAACAAAUUAUGUUAAAUAUGUGGUAUGGUUGGCAGUUCUUUUAUCAGGACUAUUUAUGAUAUUCCCAAGAUUUAUCCAAACUGCCUUGAUACAUGCAUAUAUGAGGGUAGUAGGUAUACCAAAUUAUAACUGUGAGAACAUAAGACAACUGAUUAAACCAAGUGUUUUGAAAAGAGUAUUUCACUUGGCUUAUGAAGAAAUGGAUCAAGUAUUGGAAAGAAAUAAUCUUAGCAUUAAGAACAAUGAGACAAAAAUUAAUUUACUUUAUGGUAAAUUUGAUGGUUGGACACCAAUGAGUUAUUAUAAUAAUAUUAAAACUGAUUUUCCAAAUAUUAAUGCUGAAGUUACGACAAUUAAUCAUGCUUUUGUUCUAAAAAGUAGUUAUGAAGUAGCUGAUAUCGUUAGUGAAAAGAUAACUAAUCCAGAAAAGUGUAACCUGGCAUAAGAAGCUUCUACAAGAUGCAACAAAUCCAGAUGAAGCCCUACUAUAGUGUAUGUGUUGUGGAUACCUAAUUGAGUGGCGGUAAAUUAAAAAAAGUAGCAGAUAUAUUCAGAACUAAAAUAUUUUUUUGAUACAGAAACACCUAACCAAGGUGAUGUAAAAAAUAAAAACCGUCAAUUAUGUCUGUGUCCAUAGGUGGUGGUACGCAAGGAUAUUUAAAUAUAUUUGUCUCCGAUUCAUUUCCUAUGUUUUAAUUAUAUUUUCUAUGUUUUGUCUACGUUGUAGUUACAUAUGUGCUAAUUAAAAAAAAUUAAUUGAGAAAACAA